AUGUCAUUGUCAACAACAAGUUUCCCAUCCUUUGGCUUGCUGCCAGUCGAACUGCAGCUCCAGAUCUGGAAGGAAGCGCUUGCUCCCGUCACGGUCUUGUACCUCGAAGUUCGCCGUCUACCAGACGGCAAGCACAAUUAUGCUGCAAAGCUGCCCAAACUCGCCGUGACCGUCUACGGAGCAAAGCCGCACAACGUGGGCCAGUCCUGCAAAACUGCCCGCACCCUCAUGAAACAGACCUUCGGCUCGCCUCUCCGGCUGAAGGGCAGCGCCAGCGCCCGCUGGGUGAACCUGGACAGGACCGUCAUCCACAUCGGCGACCCCGUGGACGCGGCGACGAUCCUGGACGCCCUCGAGCCCGGCGACCUGCCGCGGAUCAGACACGUCGUGCUGCCGUGGCGGUCUGACAACGUCGCACACAUGAUCACGGCCUGCAGGAUGGUUUCUACUCGCUGCAAACACCUGUCGUCCAUGACUUUCAAUCCCUACUUUAACCUGCCCGUCCCGGCUCGAAAGUGUCGCUGCCACGCCAUGGACGAGCAGAUCACCAGCUUUUACGCCGCCAUUCCGGACUACUCGGAUCUGCCAUGGUGGGACUAUUCGAUGGAUCUGAUGCAGACCCGGUCGCGGCUGCUGCCAUAUUUCGACAAUCCGCGGCCGAGGAUGCACAUGGUGCCUUUCCAUCUCGUGAGGGCCAAUCUCUAA